AAUAAGAAUCGACUCGCUGUUCCAGACGAUGUAUACUGACGGUCUCCUCACGCUCCACUAUGGGAAGCAUCCGGCGACCUUGGCCGCGGAGGUAGGAGCCUGGUACACCGGGGACCGUCACGUGGACGUGACGUUGGCAUGCGACGAUGGGUCGGUGGUGAAGGCCCAUCGCGUUGUUUUGGCCGCAGCUAGUCCCCUUUUGGCUAGUCUCCUUCGCAACCCCGCCCUGGACCACGUGGUCCACUUGUCAGGGGUGCGAAAAACCCAGCUCACCCACCUCCUGGAAUUCCUCUACAACGGAGAAGCCCUGAUCCCGUCGACGGAGCUCACGCCACUCAGGGAAUUGUUCGAGCUUCUCCAGAUAAAGUCGGAGCUGUUCGAGCCUAACCAACCGCAGACCUCCACCAACUCCGAUCCCGAAAGGAUACCGACCCCCCAACCCUCCGAGGGCCAGGAGAGCUCCAGCUACGAAUCGCAGUACGACGGCAGACAGUCCAACAAUCCCGCGGACUGUUGCUCGGUGCUCAUAAAGACGGAGGGAUGCGAGGAGGAAGCGGAGGUGGAUGUCGAAGGCGUGGAGGAGGCGCUGCUCACCGAGGGGAACAGGGAGAGCAGCAUAGAACCGCCGAGGCGGAGGGACAGCUCCGACCCCGUCAAUCUUAGCCUGAACUCGGGCACCUCCACGACCAGCGAGAGCUCCCACGACAUCGUGCCCAGGUAAGAAAG